UUGUGUUUCAAGUUAGGUUGGUUAUCACUGAGUACAGGAAAAAAUGUUGUGUACUUUCCCGGUACUGUAAGGUUUGUGCAAACAUCAUGUAGACUAUUUGUUCCUGGGAUGCCAUCACGAAAUUUAGAAGUAGAAAAGAUGCCUUCAAAUUUUUUAAGGGAUAAGAAGGUGGUUCCUGAUGCGGAUCCUCCUAGCAUUGAAGACGUCAACAGAUUGUAUCAUUUUUUUGAUCAAAGUACCAAGCUUACGGUAUUGACUGGAGCUGGAAUUAGCACAGAGUGUGGAAUUCCUGAUUAUAGAAGCCCGAAUGGAGCUUACAGUACUGGGUUUAAACCAAUUACUCAUCAGCAAUUUGUCCGUUCCGUUAAGGCUCGCAGGCGGUAUUGGGCAAGGAGCUAUGCUGGAUGGAGACGAUUUACGGCUGCGCAGCCUGGUCCUGCUCAUAUGGCUUUAGCUUCACUUGAGAAAGCUGGCCGGAUAGAUUUUAUGAUUACACAAAAUGUUGACAGACUGCAUCAUCGUGCUGGAAGCAAUCCACUUGAAUUACAUGGGACUGUCUAUACUGUUGCUUGUUUAGAUUGUGGUUUUUCAGUUGGCCGGAAUGAGUUUCAGGACCAUGUGAAGGCCCUUAAUCCAAAGUGGGCGGCAGCUAUUGAAAGUUUGGACCAUGGCAGCCCUGGGUCAGACAAGAGCUUUGGCAUGCAGCAAAGGCCCGAUGGUGAUAUUGAGAUCAAUGAGAAGUUUUGGGAGGAAGAAUUCCACAUUCCUACUUGCCAAAAAUGCAGUGGAGUGCUCAAACCUGAUGUUGUCUUCUUUGGUGACAAUGUCCCCAAGGAUAGAGCUGAUAGGGCAAGGGAGGCUGCCAAAGAAUGUGAUGCUUUCCUUGUACUAGGAUCAUCUCUGAUGACCAUGUCUGCUUACCGCCUUAUCAGAGCUGCUCAUGAGGCAGGUGCUAAUACUGCAAUUAUAAAUGUAGGCGAUACACGGGCUGAUGAUUUUGUGCCCUUGAAAAUUAAUGCCAGACUAGGAGAGAUAUUGCGCAGAGUGCUCGACGUUGGAUCUCUUAGUGUCCCUGCUCCAUAAACAGUGAGGAUUUAUGGGAGAAGUUCCAGCUUCUUACUUCUCUUUCGGCUUCAAGCUCCAAGGAAUUAAAAGAUUACUAAUUUUGUCUUUAUUCAUCUCAAGUCUCAACUGAGAGGCUUUUGGUCCUUUUGGAAGCACAAGUGUAUAGCUUAGCUCUGGUUUUUAAGAGGGAGGAAUUUGUUUUGUAUAAUUUUGUUCCCUUGUUUUUUUUAUUAUUAUUAUUAUUUUUUUUAAUUUUAUAUUUGUGAACCUCUAGUUCACUUUAUGCAUGUAACUCCCUUCUUUGUAGUA